UAACAGCCACACUGAUCACAUUGCUCGUGGGAAAUAACUAACUUAAUUCCGCAUAGAACUAUUACUUUCUGACAGAUAAUCUUAUCUGAUUAAUCGAUAAACCUUUGAUGCCGAUAAGUAACAACAACAACUGACGAGACUCAAUUGGUAGUCUGUUUACCACCACCACCGCUGUCGCCUCUAUCGCCCGCCGCCUCCGCACUCUGCAGUCUCCAGUGCGCCGCAACCAGCCAAGCCACACGCCAGAAACAUGGCAGAGCUUUCAGAGUUCACGUAUGACCCAAAGACCUUUUCUGUCACGCCAGCGAUGAAGGAGGCUUUCAAGACCAACGGCUACGUCAUUAUCAGACAAGUGUUGAACCCAGAGGAGAUGAGAAAGGUGAAGCAGAUGCUGGAGUCACCGGAGGUGCAGCGCCACGCUUACACCACGGCAGAUGACAUCAUGAAGCAGACGCGCAUGGUGCUGUGGUUCAAGGUGGGCGAGGACGUGGCUGGCUGUGUGGCGAGCAUGAACAAGAUCGCCGGCACGGUUGAACAGCUGAUGGGCGGCGAUGAAGUGUAUCACUUCAGCACCAAGAUCCUGAUGAAGGAAGCCAACCAAAGCGGCUCUUUCCUGUGGCACCAAGACUACGGGUACUUCUACAACUGGGGCUACAUGUAUCCAGACUGCGCCUCCAUCUUCCUUGCCGUGGACGACUGCACCAAGGCCAACGGCUGCCUGGAGGUGCUGCGCGGCUCACACCGAAUGGGGCGCAUCCAUCACGCGCCGGCAGGAAAACAGCUGCAGGCCGACCUUGAGAGGGUGGAGGAGGCGAGGAAGCUACACGAGCAUCUGUACAUGGAAAUGAAGGCAGGUGACAUCCUCUACUUCACGGGAAACCUGUUGCACCGCUCCCUGCCCAACACCACCGACAAAAGGCGCUGGUCCUACGUCAUCGCCUACAACCAGAAGCACAACAGGACCUACAUGGGGCCUGACCAUCCCCGCUACACACCCCACGCUGGCUACGUUCACAUGAAGAAAGUGAGUGACUCGGCGCUGCUGGAGUGCCAAAAGUUCUCCAUGGACGACCAGUGGUUCCUGAAGGAGGACGAGGACAAGGCUCGGGAAUAAAGAAGUACAUGGAUGGAUAGAUUAACACACAAACACAAUUUAUGUGCCAAACAAGCCUACCAUCUUUUAAAGAUUAUCAAAUUUGUCACAAAGGAAGAUUAUAGAUUUUUUAGACGACAAUUUUUCUUACAUUUAAUAUGGAAAUGAAUAGAUAAACAGACAAACGCGCA